CCAAAGUUUCCGUUCUUCACAAUAUAUAUAUUAUUAAAUUAAAUAGGUAAAUCAUAUCUUGUUUUAUCUAGAGAUAAUAGUGUAGUGCAGGAUCAUAUUCGUAACUCGUAUAAAUAAAACAUAACCAUUCAUAUGAAUCAUAUGAUCUUGAUGUGUGAUACAUUGCUACUACAUGAGUAAAUACGAUCCCCAAUUCGGCAAUUUCCCAUAAUAUUUGCAUGAAAAGACAUUAAAUAAUUAGGCCUUCAAAUUCGGUGACUCUACGACAAGCUUUGGAUUAUUUUUUGCUAUAUGCCAUAAUUGAUUCAUUUGUGUAAUCUGAAUGAUGAGAUAUUGAAGGAAAUUAAACUAAAAAAGAAUCAUGGUUGAUCUGAUGACUACUCGUUUUCGUGGAAGGAUGAUCAGACUAAAUGAGAAUCAAUACCAUUCAUCUAAAUCAGGAGAAGUUUACACAACCUCCAAUUGCAGGAAAACAAUGUUGUUUUAUUCAUCCAUCGAUCAUCGGACAAUUUCCACGUGGAUAUCCCAAAUUCCGAGCAUGAUGGUUGCAAUCAUCUUUCUCCUUUUUAUUCUCGACUUCUCUCAUGAUAGGCGUAUGUAGAUCGUCUAAUGUUUGAUUAUACGUUUGCGUAACAUCGUAAUCCAGUUGUUAUCCAUAAUCAUCAUAUGAGUACGUUACUAUCGGCCUUUUGUCCUAGUUCAUCGUUGCGGUAGUCUCUAUUGACUACCGUAUGAUUUUUUGGGUCCCUCCAUAGCCUCCCGAAGAUGGUCACCUCUCACCUGGGUGGUUUUAGGUGUGCUUUUACGGUUGUUUGUUCAUCGGUUGGCGUCCUAGAUGAAUUCUGUGGAGUCGACAGAAAGAGAAGAGACUUGGACAAAGAAAAUAAGUAACUUGAAAAAAAAAAGAAAAAAAAAUCAAAGUGACUUAGCCAAAAAUUUUGUUGAUAACCUCAGAGGCUACCAAUCAAUCAAAUAUUGAUUCUGAAAACUCAAGUAGUAAAUUCUCUUCAGUUAAGAAGUAAAGUGGCAAUAAUUGGCUGUUGCCUUGUUCGAUUGGGGCUUUUUUUUUUGCAGCGAGUGUCGUUGAUACCAAUUAUUACGAUAUCUCAACUAGGCUCUUAAUGCUUCAUUUAAUUGGUUAUUUGGUUCCUUCGCUCUCUUACUGCAGUUAAGUCUCUUUCGUUUGAAAUUAACGAGGUAGUUAUUUCCACUUUCAAUCCGUUUUGGGCUUGAUUUGCGUCAAGUUCCGUUGAGACCCAUUAUAGUCUUUUAGUAAACAUUUUAUCAGCGAAGCUGGAUCCUUUCCUCUUCACUUUAUUGGAUUCUCUCAAUCAAAUCGACGUGGGUUAACCAAUAAUGGUAUACGCAUAUUGGUUCCGAUUUCCUCUGAAUUUAGUCGUGCACAGUAAAUGAAAAUGAUCGUAUGUUGUAGCCUUCCCCAAUCCAAUUUCAAAAUUUUCCAAAUCUCUUAUAUUUUAUGUAUAACCAACUCCACUUCCUUGGAUGAAAAACAAUUUUUGCCCUCCAAUUUCGAGGGGCAAAUUGUCUAACCAGAGACCAGGUGUCUUGGAGUCAUUAAGAGAGUAUUGCACACUUAUUCUUUAGAUGUACUAUCAAUUUUAGUCUAUAGUGUCACAAGCUUAUACUCUCUGAGAUAAAAACCCAUAUUCUCCAAUGUGUAUGCUUAUUAUGGAGAAUCUGAAUAAGGCAAAAUAAAGUGAUAUUGAGAGCACUUAACCACAUGCCCAUUCCCUUGCUCUUCAAUAUUAUUUUCAAGACCGUGUUUACUGUUGGCUCACUUCUAUAUUUGGAUCCUUGCCCUUUCCCUCCUCCUUCAUCACCUUCUCUCUAGGUGUCCUCCUGCUGACUUCUUAAAGACCAACUUUGAUAAUUGUGUUUGUGAUUCUAGAUGUUUGUUUGGCCUAGUUGUGCGUGGUUCGGGUGAGAGAGAGCAUACUAAUUUUGUUUAUUUUCUUAAUCUUAAUGCUUCUAACCGUGUCUCUAAUGGGCCUAGUAGACUGGUUUGGCUUCCAAACCCAGAUUCUGGUUUCUCUAUUUCUUCCAUGUACAGGGCUCUGGCGGAUGCUCAGUUUCUCGGGGGCCCUCAUUAUCCGGUCGCGUCCAUUUGGAAGUAUAUCAUCCCCACCAAGAUAUGCUUCUUCCUAUGGACGUUGUCUCAUAAGAAGCUGCGCACGCUGGAUAAGGUGAAGGAACGAGGUUUCGCUCUCGCGAAUAGAUGCGAUUUGUGCAAGAAUCAAGAAGAGUCUGCAAAUCACUUAUUUGUGGAGUGUACUUUUGUUCGUGAGUUUGGGUUGGAAUUAUGAGAGCCUGUCCGCUGGUGGAUUCACCCACUAGAGACCUUUCCAUUGUUCUGCAUGCUUGGCCAUCGGGGGUUCCUGGCAACUUGAACUUUUUGUUUGUGUCCGUGGUGCUCCAUUCAGUCUGUUGGCACGUUUGGCUGGAGCGUAAUCAACGUAUUUUCAAUAAUACCAGCGCCCCAACCAUUAUCAUAUGUAGGAAAGCUUGUAAAGCUGCUAUUGAUUGGAUUUCUGUCCAUAACAAGGUGGAGAGAAGUAUUUGUACUCAGUGGCUGACUGAGCAGCUUCGGAGAAUCUGAUUCCAUCCGGUUGGCUGUGGUCUUCUUCUUCUGUGAAGUUGGGAGUUGCUGGGUUUUUUUUCUGGUGCUUCGUUCUGGUGGUUUCCUUUCAUUGUUGGCUUGGCUCUCCUUGCCGUUUUUUUUGUGGGUAUUUCUGCUUCUGUUUCGUUGGGGUUGCUGUUGUUAGGAGGUUUCCGUUUGUUGGGGUGAUCUGGCUCUGGCCCACCUUUCUCCUCGGGUCCUUCACUGUCUUUUUCUUUUUUCGGUUUUUGGGAGGAUUGAGAUCAAUCCUUGUGAUCUCCUUACUUCCUUUGGUCUAUCUUUGUUCUUGAACCUCUUUUUAUUUGAUUUAAUCUUAUUCACCAUUAUAAAAAAAACAAAGGGGUCGUUUGGAAGUUGCGAUUGUUAAAUAGAUGUAUUGUUGAGAAUGCAUGUAUAAUAUUAUACAUGUAUUAUCGAAUUUGAUGCAUUGUAGAAUACAACGUUUGGUAUGUGUGAUUGUGUAUGUCGCAUCAGCUAAAAGCUGAGACAAAACAAUCUCAACUCAACUAUCUCAUCAAUCACAACUAAAAGUUGAGAUAUAACAAUCACUCAAAAUGAGUGAUAGUUUCUGUCACAUCACAGAAACAAUCCAUGUAUUGUUUCUGCUAAAAAAAUAAAAAAAUGAUGCAUUGUAAACAAUACAUGCAUAAUGACAAUCUCAAUAAAACAAUCGCAACUUCCAAACGACCCCAAAGUGUCGUGUUGGGAGGCUUGAGAUCAAAGUGUCGUGUUGCUACAAAACGGUUGGCCGCAUUGGAGCUGGCCCAAGACUCGUUGCGUAGAUCCUCGUCAUAGAAUGGGCCUGCUCUCUGCUCAAAGCCCAUUAUCGGGAAGAAUGAAGCCCAGUCCAUCUCAUCGUCGUCUUCCUUCACCCGAACGUUGAGGAGAAGCUGAAGCAGGGGAAGGAAACAGAGAAGCUGGAAGUGGAAGAAGAAAAAAUGGCGGUCAGUAGAUUCUCCUCCAGAUCCAGAUCGCGAAUCUUCCUAUUAUUCAUCGCCGCUAUCUCAAUUCUCCUUAUCCUCUUCCUUUUCUCAUCUCCUCCUUCCUCUCCUGAACUUUCCACCGCCGUCUCUUCCCGCCGCCCUGAAACCUCCUUCGUCACUUCUCUACACAACUUCCUCUCCCGCCCCAUCCCUCCCGACCGCGGCGAAAAUGGUGGCGGCGACGCUCCCUCCGCCUUAGACGACGCCGUCUUCCUCCGCGAGACCGACCGAAUGUACCGGCCCCAGAACCCUAAUUACCCGCUCGAUUUGCCGAUCAGGGUUUACGUGUACGACAUGCCGCACAAAUUCACCUACGAAUUGCUUCGAUUGUUCGCCACAACUUAUCGAGACACCAACAACCUCACCUCCAAUGGCAGCCCCGUCCAUCGACUCAUCGAGCAGCACUCCAUCGACUACUGGCUUUGGGCGGAUUUGAUAUCUCCUGAAUCGGAGAGGCCGCUGAAGAACAUUGUAAUUCGAGUUGAUAAUCAGGAAGAUGCCGAUUUGUUCUACAUUCCUUUCUUCACCACCAUCAGCUUCUUCUUGCUGGAGAAGCAGGAUUGCAAGUCGCUUUAUAGGGAAGCUCUGAAAUGGAUAACGGAACAGCCUGCUUGGCAGAGGUCUGAAGGGAGGGAUCACAUAAUUCCAGUGCAUCAUCCAUGGUCGUUCAAGUCGGUUCGUAGAUACGUGAAGAAGGCUAUUUGGUUGCUACCGGAUAUGGAUUCCACGGGGAACUGGUAUAAGCCAGGACAAGUUUACCUGGAGAAAGACCUGAUCCUGCCUUAUGUUGCCAAUGUUGAUCUAUGUGAUGCAACAUGCUUGUCUGAAACUGAAUCAAAGAGGAAGACCCUGCUAUAUUUCCGUGGGCGGCUCAAGAGAAAUGCUGGUGGGAAGAUACGGUCUAAGCUAGGAUCAGAACUAAGUGGAGUUGAAGAUGUGAUUAUACAGGAAGGGACAGCUGGUGAGCGAGGGAAAGAAGCAGCUCAAAAUGGCAUGCGCAAGUCCAUCUUCUGCUUGAAUCCAGCUGGUGACACUCCAUCUUCCGCGAGACUGUUUGAUGCUAUUGUCAGUGGUUGCAUUCCAGUCAUAGUUAGUGACGAGUUGGAACUUCCUUUCGAAGGAAUACUUGAUUAUAGAAAGAUAGCUUUGUUCGUCUCUUCUGGUGAUGCUUUACAACCAGGUUGGCUACUGAAGUUCUUAAGAAGUGUCAGUCGUGCAGAGAUCAAGCAGAUGCAAGCAAACCUUGCCAAGUACGCGAGGCAUUUUGUGUAUUCGAGUCCAGCUCAACCGUUGGGACCUGAAGACUUGACCUGGAGAAUGAUGGCCGGCAAAGUGGUGAAUAUUAAGCUGCACACUCGAAGAUCCCAGAGGGUGGUGAAGGAGUCCAGAAGUAUUUGUACUUGUGAUUGCAGACGGCCGGCCGCCAAUGUUACCAUACAAGUCCGGUAACUGGUAGCUAGCUGGUCUCCUAGCAUCGGCCGUUUUAUUAAGAGGAUUCCACAUUUGGUGGCAUGUCAAUCCUUCUAUUGCCCGCACAAUCAUGGACUUUUUUCGUCUCUUUUGAUCUCCGAGUUUAGAAUUUUUCAUUUGAUCCAUUAUUACUCAUUUCUUUGAUCUAGAAAUUUGGCCCUAACUACCACUUCCAACCUUACACUCUGUAGUUCUACAGUUUUCAUCACAUAAGGCACAACUAUUUCGGAUUGUUGUAUUUUGAAUAGUUCUACCGAUUUAAUGAUAGGUACGAUUUCUUGCAAAUUCAUGCAUGGCCUUUCAAUAUAUGCGAUGCAUUAUA